AGCUAGCAGAUGGCCCAUGUAAAUACAGGUUUAACAGGCCCAAAUCUGGAAGCUAGGUUAAAUCCCAACAGCCAAAGUCAAUGUGGGACACUGCUGUAGGUUAACGGUGUGGUAAGGUUGAGUGACAGGUAGCUUGAGGUGUGUCUGUCGGACAGAAGGAACGCAGCACAGGAACACCAUACAGGAAACUACUAAAGGCUAGCUGGUUAAAUAGCGAGCCGUAAUGCUUUCCAUCACGCGCACUAUCACCAAGAGCACCCGUGUCCUCCAGUGCGUCAAGCUGUUACACACUUCUCCGGUUGUCAAAAUGCCGAUUCAGGUUGGUGAAUCUCUCCCUGCAGUGGAGGUCCAGGAGGGGGAGCCAGGGAAUAAGGUUUCUAUGGAUCAGCUCUUCAAGGGGAAGAAAGGAGUCCUCUUUGCUGUACCUGGAGCUUUUACCCCUGGUUGUUCCAAGACUCACCUUCCAGGUUUUGUGGAGCAGGCUGCGGACCUGAAGAGUAAAGGUAUGCAGGAGGUCGCUUGCAUCUCUGUCAAUGACGCAUUCGUCAUGGCUGCCUGGGGAAAGGAGCACGGAGCAGAUGGCAAGAUUCGAAUGCUGGCUGAUCCUACCGGAGCUUUUACAAAGGCGGUUGAUCUGCUGCUUGACAGUGAUCAGAUUGUUCAGGCACUUGGGAACAAGCGAUCCAAGAGAUAUGCUAUGGUGGUGGAAGAUGGAGUUGUGAAGAAGAUCAAUGUGGAGCCUGACGGCACUGGGCUGACCUGCAGCUUGGCUUCUAAUGUUCUGUCUGAACUGUAGGCAUAUUUAGAGAGUAUUAAACCAAACUGCAAACACUCAGUUACUGUUAAAGUUGCACUAACCAAACCAAGUUCUACCCUGCUCACGCCUCUUCCUUUCCCCCAAAAUUGGAUGCAAAAGUAACUUGGAUGCUAAUGUGAAGAGCUGGAAGGCAUUUAACGCGCACAACUAUGAAAUUAUUAAUCAAUCCAAAGGAACUAGUGUUAUCCUCUGUCUCCUGAUAACCUGUAAGAAAAUAAAAGUCAACCGUAAAGCAAUA